AUAUUUAUAGAUUGAUACGUGAACAUUUGCAACUUGCAAGUUGUUGUGAAAUAUCCUGAUUGGAUAUAAAUAACAAUAGGAGAAAACAGGUGUGAUUUACUAAGAAGACAGAGUGAAUGAAAGUACUGUGAAGCACUGAAGAUGGCUGCGGAUCGUCUAGGGAAAACGACAGUUGUGAACAUAAGAAAGUUCAAUUUAAAUAAAAUGGGCUUCAAAGACCUGGAAGAUUGGCUGAGAGACCCAAACCACGUGUACAUAGGUAGGGACAUGGCGCACUACGUCAGGGGAGCUACGGGGAGCAAGUGGGGGAAUCCGUUCACAGCUAAAAUGUAUGACGGGAGAGAGGAGCGUGUUCGAAUGUAUAAGGAGUACGUGAAAACGAACCAAGAAAUACGCGAAAACGGACGUACUUUGUAUGGGUCUUUGGAGGAACUGAGGGGUAAAGUGUUAGGGUGCUGGUGUCACCCUGAACGGUGCCACGGACACGCUCUAGUGGAGUUGUUAGAAGAACGGAUAGGAAAAAUAUGAUGAUUAAUCAAACAAGGUUUUAAUUUUCUUCCUAAUAUGUCACAAGUUGGAUUGUCUUAAUCUUAAAACAAAAAACACGCACCGCACUCAUGAAAUACAUGUACAUGUAGCUAAAAAAAAUUAGAAUAUUGUUAUUAAGAUUUUUUUUAAACAAUUCAUAUCAUGAUUUUUUUUUCAAAUUAAAAAUCGAAGUCAACUGCUUUUCUUUUUCGUACUAACUACCAUCAGACACAAAGAGGGCUUUGAUCUUUCGUCAAAUGCAUUUCAUAUGUCACGGACAUCUAGUUAUGUAAUAAAAUUUUCUUUUGUCGCUUGUUAAAGUUUUUGUGAACUU